GACUAGCCGAAUGACAACCUCAGGCAAAUCUUGACUCGUCAUGUCAUUGACAUCAACAUCAGCCGCUAAGACUCCGGCCAUGGCCUUGAUGACUUUUGCCAUCCAAACAUGUCUCCUUCCUACUUAUAUUCAGAUUUCGACUUCGGGGGUCGUAGUUUUCGUUUCAGACGGAGAUGGCAUGGCCAAAUCCUUUUCGGCGACGAGACGAGAAUACUCGGACGUGCUGGGGUUACACCUUCCAAUUGACCCCAGAGCAUCUCACGCCCGAGCAGGCUCAUCCCAUGAAAUACACUUAUGAUGUCUUGGGAGAAGAGUGUUAUGAGAUUUUGAACCAGAUCAGUCCGCCGGUGGAGACUGCAAAAGACCCGUUGCAAGGUCUGGACGACAAUGGAAGACCAAUUCAAUUAAAAGCAAAGAGAGAUCUUUACAUCCUCCUAAGAGACAACAAAGACAAACACGAAAAGCUCAAGCAAUUGUGGGACGAAGUCACCACAGUCCCUGACUGGGUGGACUGGGAACAGAUCGCUCGUGGUCAAGACGUGUUCUACCGCUAUGGAGGCGCGACACUGACUGGUCUGGCGUACCAAUCACUCCUCGGAGGCAUGGGCGCAAACCGAGUCGUCGAGGUUCUUGCCCGUACAGGCGGGUUCUCAGUCAAAGUCGCCAGACACCGACUCUUCGAGACGACGCAGCACAUCCUCGAAUGCACACGCUCGGUCGAGUCAAUCAAGCCUGGAGGUGCGGGCUUUGCAUCCAGCCUCCGAGUCAGAUUAUUACACGCCGCAGUCCGUCAGCGGCUCAUGAAACUGACCAAGACACGACCAGAGUACUACAGCGUGGAGAAAUACGGCAUUCCCAUCAACGACCUCGAUUGCAUCGCCACGAUCGGCACUUUUUCUGCUACCAUCAUCUGGCUCUCCCUCCCACGGCAGGGCAUAUGGUUACGAGAGCAAGAGAUCUUGGACUACAUUGCCUUGUGGCGACUUAUUGCACACUAUGUGGGUACACCGACAGAAUGGUUCGAAACGCCCGAGAAGGCGAAAGCCAUGAUGGAGUCACUACUCAUGAACGAGAUUAAUCCGACUGAAACUUCGAAGAUCCUGGCGGCCAAUAUUAUCCGGUGUCUCGAGGCUCAGCCACCAACGUACGCCUCUCGGUCGUUCCUCGAGGUCAAUGCCCGCUGGCUGAACGGCAAUGAAUUGGCUGAUGCUCUUGGUCUUGGGCGUCCGUCAGCAUGGUAUUGGGCUCUUAUGGCGGGGCAGUGCAUAUUCUUCAUGUCAAUUUGCUACCUUUACCGGUCAAUUCCCGCGCUCGACAAGCGGAAAGUCGCGGCACUACGGCAGGUGUUUUGGCAAGUCAUCGUUGAGGGCAAGUUCGGCUUGGGAGAAGAGACGGUCUUUGACUUCAAGUACAUUCCCGACUUUAAUGUGGCCACGGCAAGAGGUGGCGAUGAACAAGCUGCAAAGAAGGAAGUCGGCAUCGAGCGACGGAAUUUGAAUACAUUGCUCAUUGCGUCGGGCUGCCUCGUUGCCAUCGGGUAUGUGGGCGUGAAGGUUACGUCUGCGCUGGUCUCGAGGAUCGUGUGGAGGUGAAAGAUAAGAAUGAAGAUACAAGUUAAACACCCAGUAUCGACAGAAAGGUGCCACACUCUUGUCAGCAACAUCACCGCGCAUUCCGACCGCUA